GUUCUAACAACGUAUAUCUGUAAAUACAUGCUUUAGGGGUUGACUGAAGAAUAAGCUAGCGGGGGACAUUGUUUACAUCCCAUCGCAGACCAAGCAUGUUCUCAUCUACGCAGGAGGAUACACCGCACGUUCAGGCGUCGCGUGCGAGUCAGUGGCUGGCAUGGGCAGUGACUAAGGCACGGCGUAGUGAAGCCAUCGUGCCCACGACACACAACACAGAGAGUGCAUCUAACCCCACGACAGAGGGCUCCAGGGAAGCGAAUAAUAAACAAACUACAGAAUCUGAGGACAGCCAGAAUGCAGACGUUGACAAUAGUCUAGGCGACGGUUCCGCGUCCGCUGUAGAUUGCGCACCGCUGAGUCGCUAUGGGCAGUUCAUGUCUUGGGUUGGAUCGAAAAGGAAUUUAGAGGCGUCACCGGAUGCCAAUACAAGUAAUGUAGUACCUUCUACGAGCAGUGUUAGUAGAUCAUCUGAAUAUGCAAAAGAAGUAUCGCAAGCCACCACCGAUUUAAACACAUCCGUAAGCGGUGACGCGCCUUCUAGCAUAGCUCAGUUUGUGUCGUGGAUUGGCAGCAAGAGGAAGCGCAGCGCAGCCGAUGAAUUGAAUCCUAAAGCUCAGGGGGUGGUACUGAGGAAGAUCAACGCAGACAACGAAACACUUAACCCAGAGGAAAAUGGAUAUACAGGCAAGUGGGUCAGGCGGAGGGCAAGCAGUGAGCAGGUGGCCAGUAUACAGGCACGUGCCAGUGCACACGAUAGUAAUAAGUCGGAGCCAGCUAACGGUAGUUCGAGUGCUGACGGUGGUGCGGUGGGGUCUGGUCUGCAGAGGUAUAUGACCAGCAUGUUUGCAAUGAAGACCGCUAGUCACACUGCAGGUGUAGAUAGUACGUGUACACCUGAUGAUGGCUCUGAGUCCUCGCCAGGCGACGUUGUGAGCAGCUCUAUAGUGGAGAUGGACCGCUUACGUGUCGAGGUCGCUGCACAUGCACAGAGUAGCCCGCCUACAUCUGAUGACUCACAGACAGAGCACGGCACACCCGUAGGCGACAACGGGGAGGAACGCGUACAGCAGUUUGUGCACACGACACUAGCGUCGCUGCCUAACGUUGACCAGCAAGCAACCAUGCAGCAGCAUGCCACUCAACUCACCUCUGAUGAGGCUAAGUCCACGUGGGAGGGGUUGUUCCAGAGGGCUGGACGGCCGUUGGUAGCGGCUGUGCUUAUUCUGUUUGAGAUUGUAGUGACGUACAAGCGCACUCAGGCCGUCAACAAGGCGGAAGUGCUGCGGUUUGCUGUGGCUGUGGCUGCUCUCGUGUAUGUUGCUGCACCCAUUGACCUGGUGCCAGAUGUCGUCCCGGUGGCGGGGCUGGCUGAUGACUUUGUUGUGGUGUCUAAUGCACUGUUUUUCAUUGUCACUGUUAUUCCGAGGUUAAUGGGCGAACGAGCGGAGGUGCCAGCAUGAAGAUUGUGCAUAUAUCAAGUGAUGUACUCAUGUGGUUAUGUAGAGCUGUAUGACCUGUGUCUAGUACACGAUUAAACACAAGUUGCA